CCCGCUCAGUUAAAGGCACAGUCUGCAAGAUUUAAAUGUAGAAUAACUUUAAAAAUGUUUUAUUUUGACCAUCUGACCCAAUUUUAUUAAAAAAAGUAAAUAAUAUUUAAUAUUUCAAUUUUCUCCUAAGUCCCUCCCCUGCCCUGUAGAGCUCAGCCAAUAUUUCUGCAAGCCUAACGCGUUGACCAAUAGCGCUGCGUUUCCACCAGGGGGCAGCUGUCAGUCAUCGAGCACGAGCAUUAGAUCUCAGCGUGCACAACAGUGUCACGCGCCUCACUCGGCUUACUGCAGAAACAUGGAGCAACAAAACCCCAAAUUACCGAUUCCUCGACUGCCUUCCACAUCUCAAAAAACAUUUAAAAAGUUUAAAAGCCCUUCUUCAAAAGUGGUUGUAAGACGUUUGAGACAGUUGAGUAGAAUUAACAUUGGAGAUUGUUUUAAACGGUGGAGAGAUUUUCGUGAUCUACACGGCCUGAAAACGGAUGAAGAGUUGGCAAAGUAUCUUUUAGACAGUCAUCAGUCCAAAUAUGAGGCAUCAACAUCUACACCAUUGAAGCGCCAACUGUUUAUUUCUCCAACACCAGUGCCAGCUCUGUCUAGCAUUCAUGGAGAGUCAUCUGAAAGGGAUGAUAAUUUGGAGGAGGUGAUGGAACAAGGUGAAACUAAAAAAGAAGGAUCUUCACAAAUGUUAUCUUGUGUGGGAAUUGAAGCAAACAUUGAUGAGGAAGAGUUCAACAAUAUUCAAAACUCUGUGAUAGAGUCAUCAGAUGACACAUGGUCACCAAACAGAGAACCAGAAGUUGAUUCGUCUUCAGAGGAGGACAAAACCAUCGAGAUGGACAGCGGUACUGAUGACAGCGGUGAUGAGGACUACACACCUUAUACACACAUAAGAUACCAUAAAAUAUUCAACAAAAAAUCAAGAUGCUGGAGGCUGUAUUCUGAGAAGGUGGCAAAAGACUACUCCUACAUCCCAGAGAUCCAAACCAUGAUCGUCAACCAACGUUUGACAAGCAAGAAAGAUCUUCCUUGACGCUACAAGCUAAGGCCUGAGGAUCCAAGGCGUUACGGUUUGCUGUCCGAAGUCCCUGCACCAUCAACAGAGGAACUUCUACAACACCUACGGACUCGCGGUGAUGGUAAAACUUUGCCACAGACAUAGGUGUUGGGGGAGGCAAGAGAAAACCCAAAACCUUCUUUAUUUUUGUUUCCUGUGUUUUAUUUAUUUAUUUUUUUUAAAUAAAGAUAUAUUUUGGGGAAAUAAGGACUAAUAAUUUAAAAAUGUAUGUAAAAUGUUGGAGGUAGACAUAAGUUUUUGUUGUUGUGCAGGAGUUUUAACACUUAUGGUAUUUUUACAAAUGCAACAGAGAGUUAUGCUUUAUAACACUUUAUUAGAGCAUCAAACAAAACUAUAUAAAAAACAAACUUAUGUAAAACAUCAAAUAUAUACAUUUAUUUACAAUCGUCUUGGGAUAAAACCAGUGUAGUUACCAUUGGGGUCAGGGAAUUUUUCCCUUAUCCUCCAGACAACGCAGCUUGGGAUUUCUACUCUGCGUCCUCCACCAAGUUUUCCAUGCUGCCAUGCUACAAACUGUCUGUAAGCUGCAUGGCGGAACUGUCUGUUGUCCUCACCAGGGUCCGGGUCAUCAUAAACUGCUCGAAACUCAUUCCACAAUGUUCUGGCCAGGCGAAGAACACCAUUUUGCAAAAAUAAACUCCUCCAUGUGUGGUACAGUUGAAAUACAUGUCUGGGGAGGCUGUUGGCAGCAUUUCUUUUCCAAAUCAGUUGGCAUAUCUCUGCAGUGGGAGCAUACACACCAUGAAGGUUGAUUGAAUGUUGAGGUGUUGUGGCAGGUGGACCAGAGAGGGCAAGUACAUCAAAGAGAACACCAGUGUCUGUCCAGCACCAUGGUAAGGAUGUCAAUAGCCUGCUGAGGGUUCAGGUUCUGUAUGCGUUGCUACAAAAGUGGAAAGAGAUGCUACAGCAACAGUUUUUAGGAUCAUUUAGUGUAAUUUUGUUAUGCUUACACGUUCAAAGUCUAUUCGCUCGGAACGAAGAUUCUGAACUCGAGAGAGAUCUUCAUCUCCAAGGUCCACAGCUGAGUGUCUCGCACUUCUUCGGCCUCUGGAUGCACCGCGGCCUCUAGACACACCACGGCCUCUGGAUGCACCACGGCUUUGAGAUGAUGGUGGGCAUCUCCUUUUUGCACCACGUCUUGAGGAUGCAUUAGGAGGUUCAAACUCUUCCUCAGAGGAUUCCUCAAUCACUGAACUCUAAAUUGUAUUAGAAUAAAAAAAAUUAUACUAAUAUAAAAAGUACUCUUGCAUAUUAAUCAAUUUUGACACAUCAGGUUUACAUCUAGUCAAAAUGUGGGCUAAAGCAACAAUAACCAGAAACCCUAUGAAAACAACCAUGAUUAUAGGAGGACUACACAGAAUGCAGUGUUUAUUCAUGAUUUCCACAUAAAUUAUUUAUAUGCUUUGAUAUAUUCAUCCCAUCCUGAAUGGCAAAGCAAUUAAAAAUAAGCUAAUUACUCCUAAUAAAUGCUAACAAUUUGAUAGGAUUAAUUUUAUUUACAAUAUAGAUUGCCAACUGUUACUGGUAUUUUAAAAUAUAAAUAUAUUUAUAGAUAUUCUUUAUAAAAUGCCUUUUGUAAACAGUAAGUUUUUAAUGUGCUGGUUAAAUACAACUUUCUUACCUCAGAUAACUCCAUUGCUAACACUAGCUCAGCUCUUUUACAAGAAGCAAUGCUCCGAUGUUGACUCUGCUUUUCCUGCGCGUGCACAUUGGGAGGUGUGGCUUUCGGCUCUUUCAGGAAGGGCGGGGGAGUGAGCAACAGCCGUUCGAAUUUAAAAAUCUCCUCCUCACCCUGACGGCGUCAUCCUGCGUACUGUGCCUUUAACAUAAUUCACGGCCCAAAUCCAACAGAACCGGUCGGGCUGAUUCGGUUCCAGUUCGGUCUCAGGUUACAACUCAAGGGCUCAGCCCUGCAGUACCACAUUAAGGCGGAACCACUUGGUAAAUGUGGAGGACACUCACUCUGACAGAUUUGGAUCUGCGCUGGUGCCGCCAUUAAAAAAACAAAACUACAUUCCACUAUAAUCGAUUAUGGCGUACUCCUCUACGAUGCAGAAUCGUUUAUGUCCGCAUCCCGAUGCAUCGAUUAUUUGAUUAUUUUCCUCAGCUCUAGUGUUUGUGUAUGACUGUAAAUGUCAGGUGGGGCCUUUGACUCCUCCCCUCUCCUGGAACUUCUUUUGAUGAUAUAGAUAUUCGUCCCCCUUGCACACCUGGUGUGAGGGGUUGUGCCUUGGUCUGCCUGAGUGUUCGUGGCAACCGGGCCAGGGGGUUUAAGAUUUUGGCAUCUGCCUGAUAGAUCCCGGUGGCUGCCUGGUGGGGUCUGGGUCCCUGGGCUCUGCUGGGUCCGCGGCGGGGGUGGUCGCCCCUGGGUCCCGGGUCGCUGGGUCCCGGGCUCGGCCGGCUAGGGGGUGGGAGGCUGCGGGCGGGCCUGUGGGCUUGCCGCUGAUGUCUCCCGGGACUCUGCCGGCUGCUGGUUGUGGCCCCCUGGGGCGAUCCUCUGUGCCUCUCGA